AUUGGACCAGUUAUUGAAACCCAAGCCCACAUUCACGUAACCACCAACGAUCAACAAACUUAACACUCUCUCUCCCUUCUUCCACCAUCACCAUCGUCCGCCGAUUGCACCCCAUAAAGGUUCGCCGCUGAUCGGAGUUAAUUCGGAAAUGGCCGGUAUUUUUGGGUAAUUCAGAAGAGAAGAAUGGCAAGAGAGGAAGAGCGUGCGUCGUCGUUUUGGGAGAUAUCGGCCGCAGUCCUCGUAUGCAGUAUCACGCCCUUUCCCUUGCUCGUCAGGCAUCUUUCGUGGUUGACAUUGUUGCUUAUGGAGGUUCUGAACCCCAUUCUGCUCUAUUGGAGCAUAAAUCUAUCAAUAUAUACAAAAUGAAGCAAUGGCCUACUGUUCCACCUGGCCUACCCAAGAUCUUUAAACCAUGUGUGCUUUUGAUUAAACCACUGAUUCAGUUCUUAAUGCUUCUUUGGUUUCUCUGUUUCAAGAUAGCUGCACCUGAUGUGUUCUUCGUACAGAAUCCACCUUCUGUUCCAACUUUGGUAGCUGUAAAAUGGGCGAGCUGGCUAAGGGGUUCUGUAUUUAUUAUUGAUUGGCAUAAUUUUGGAUACACAUUGUUGGCACUAUCCCUUGGAAGAAGCAGUCGAUUUGUGGCAUUGUAUCGUUGGUUUGAGAGGUAUUAUGGGAAAAUGGCAAAUGGUUCUUUGUGCGUGACCAGGGCAAUGCAACAUGAAUUGGCUCAGAAUUGGUCUAUUAAAGCCUCAGUGUUAUAUGAUCAACCUCCUGAGUUUUUUCAUCCUGCUACCCCUGAGGAAAAGCACAAGUUGUUUUGUAGAUUGGACAAAGAUCUUAGCCAGCCUCAAGGCUUUCGAGAUUGUGCCACCAUUGGGACUGGAGGACUUUUGCAGAGGGAUUUAGGCAAUAAUUUAUUUAGCACUCUUAUCGGCACUGAUAUUGUUUCAAAACCAAACAGGCCGGCACUCAUCGUUAGCAGUACCAGUUGGACCCAAGAUGAAGAUUUUGGAAUUCUUUUGGAAGCAGCUGUGAUGUAUGACAGACGUGUUUCUGCCAUCUUAGGCGAAGAGGAUAAUUCUGUUGAAGAAGAGGCUGUUUGGAAUGAAAUGUGGGGGGGGAAGCAAUAUUUGUAUCCUAGGCUGCUAUUUGUCAUUACAGGUAAAGGACCAGAAAAACAAAAAUAUGAAGAAAAGAUAAAAAGGUUACGUCUCAAACGCGUUGCAUUUCGUACCAUGUGGCUAUCAGCUGAGGACUACCCACUACUCCUUGGGUCAGCAGACCUUGGUGUGUGCUUGCAUACUUCUUCAUCAGGACUGGACCUUCCCAUGAAGGUUGUGGACAUGUUUGGUUGUGGACUGCCUGUUUGUGCUGUGUCCUACUCAUGCAUCAAGGAACUAGUGACGGUGGAGAAAAAUGGCCUUCUUUUUUCAUCACCGUCUGAGCUAGCUGAUGAACUUUUGCAUCUGUUCAAGGGUUUUCCAGAUGCAUGUGAUGUGCUUAAAUUGCUGAGGAAUGGUGCUUUAGAAACGGGAUCUUCGGCAAGGUGGGAUGUUGAGUGGGAAGAGAAAGCCAAGCCAUUAAUAUCAGAGGUAAUCUCCCGAGAUGGUGAUUGAGAUUUGGGCUCCCAGUUGUGUAGUCAGUCACAGUAGUUGGUGGUCUCAUAGUCUCAUUGCAUUGUGAUGAAAUGACGAAUUGUUUGGGACACUGGCCUUUUCCGAUGGCAGAGAGAGAGAGAGAGGCUUUUUCUGGACUCUUACUGAACCAAAGAGAUAAGGAAGCAUACCUCUCCUUUUGUUCUACUGGUGUAUGAUCUGAUGACAACUCUGCUUAUGUAAUUCUAUGCAAGGAGGAAAAGUUUGUGUUAUAUUUAUAAUUUUGAUUUUGCUUUUUGAACUAUUUAAUAAUAAUAAUUAGUGUGAUA